AUGGAAGAAGUUUCAGAAACACUCAGACAACUGACAACAGAUGAGUUAAAAAGAAACAAAGCGAAAUAUUUGCCAUAUUUACACAACGUCCGGGAAAACCAUUACGAUGAUCUUGUGAAAGAUUUUCAACAACCUGGUGUAUUUGCUGGAGAUAUGGGAGAUGUAAUUGUUAAAUCUAUGGCUAACAUAUUAAAGACACCUCUCAUUACACUUACGAACAUUUCCAACUAUGAAGUGAUAACAGUUACACCCGAUGAAUUUCAUAACUGA